CGUGAUUGUCACAACUGUAUUGUGGUCUGGUCGUGUCAACUUCGACUUUCGUUUCUCCAUUGAUCAUUGACCCGCCACGAUCAAUAGUCGAUUAAAAUGGUUUUGUUACUCCGCCUUUUCAUUCAAACGUUAAUAUUACUUUCAGCUUUUAUCAAAAGUAAGUAAAUUCUCGUUUGUUCAUUGAAGGACGUGUUUUUAAAAGAAUGUUGUUUACACUGUCGUUCUUUCUAAUUUCAGCUUGUGUAGCGGCCAACGACAUUGCUGUAAAUUUUACUAAAGUACCGAAAAACACUGAGUUUUUCGUUGGUACUGAGGCAAUCCUUCAAUGGGAGUAUUCCAGUGGCCUGCCUGCCGACCCUGUGCGAAAGAUAAAGUUUGGAAUACAGGAAAAUGAAAAUACGGAUGUCGCAAUUUUCGUUAAAAAUGUCUCACAAGGGAAUGUAAAGACUAACACUAAAAUUCGAUUAGAUGUGAUAGCUCCGCUGAAUGGCCGCGUGCAUGUUAUUGAAAAUAAAACGGCAACUUUUAGAAUAGCAAACUUAACGCUCAACGACUCCAAAAGGUAUUUUUGUACUCUGAAGGCAGACAGCGAUUCCCCAUGGACAAAAACUCACUAUGUGGACGUAAGAGUGGUGGGUAAGUGGGAUCUUGUAUUAAUAUCUUUGAAAUAUAUCCCUGACUUAACUAUUUUUUGAAAAAGGAAUAUCGUGCUGGCCGUCGCGUCAGGUAUUUUUUAAAAUACUUUCUUAUGAUUUGAGAAACGCAUUUUAAAACAUAAAAUCGAACGUUUUUUUUAUUGUUUGCUUUUUGCAUUGUAGUUUGAGUUCUGGUUCCGAUAUUUGAUAUUUUGCUUUCGUAGUUUUUAUAUAAAAUUGUAAGAUUCAUCACUUUCACUGGCUGGAUCACGUCUGACCAAUACGCGCUGACACAUUUCGUAUCUUUUCAAUACUUUGAGGUUCAUUUAAAAGGGAGUAACUGUGUGUUUUUCAGUUUUGCUUUAAUGAAAGUAUGUGACAGCGAUGAGUUCUUUUAUUUGCAAACAAAAUCUCACCUGCACAACCGCUGCUUUUGGUCAAGUAAUAACGAAGAAAAGACCAAAAUGCAAAUUUUAAAAACUCCCUCACAUUUUGAAAGGACCAUUUUCUUGUUCUCUCCUCUUAUUUUAAUCACCUAAAGGAGUUUUAUUCAACACUGUUGCAUUAAUAUUGAGAAUUCUCUGUCAGAAGUCACUUAAAUAUUCACCUCACGCGGUUUCAUUUGCCACAAUGAAUAUAACUUACCGCAUUGGACAUUUCCAACAUCUUUUCAAGCGGCCGCUGGAAAAGUCAAAGCAUAUCAUUUUAAAUAUUAAAGUGUGUAUGUUUCACAAAGUUUUACAAUGAUGCGUAAUCUUAUUUUGAUGCUUGACAAACAAAGUGUAUUCAGUCGACAUUCGGAUUCAUUUUGUGCGGGAAACUUUGUCAGUUUACAGAAAAUCUUUUUAAAUUGCUGAAUUUCGAAGUUCAAAUACAGUACUAUAAUGUUUAUGCUAUUAUUUGACCGAUUCACCGGAACACUGAAAAGAUCGUACAGCACGCUGAGUUCAGGCAGGGGAUGGAAACAUGACAAUAUUUUUAUUCAAUUGUUGUUUUUCCCAUAGAAGAUUUUUUUUUACUUUCGACUUGAACUUGGAGAGAAAUAAUGCUAAAAAAUAAAACUAAAAUAUCCGUUCUUUCACGACAGAGAGAGAAAGAUUGUAAUCGUCAAAACUGGAAACAUAUGGUGAUGCGGUUUAAAUUGAUUAAUAGCAGGUUUUGUCGAUAUGGCUUAUGAUAAUGAAUUGAUUCCGCAAUGUAUUCAUACUUUCAUUUUUAAAAACAAAUAACAACAAAAGCGGGGUGAAGCAGGAUUUAGUCUACAUUUUUUUUCACUAUUACAUUUUGGCGUUUCCGGGUCAAUAUUUCCAUCAAUGACUGUUGAUUGCCAGGAGGCCAUCAGACGAAAACCGGGAGAUUGACAAAACUUCCAUUUCCAAAAAAAUCAUUUUGCAGAACCUUGCUUUGCAGCAGGUGUUUAAAACCAAUUGACAUUAAUUUAAAUAGACUAUUUCUUUCUCAAGCUCACUACAGCGUAUUAUUGUACUGCAUUGUGAGUUUAUGGAGUCUGAUUGACAGGCCUUUUAAAUGCGCACCUACAUUUUCCUUGGUCUUGUAGUAAAGGAUAAUUCAUUCACUGCAAUACGCAAUACAUCGUGACUUCAGCUGUAGAAUUUUAAGAACUGUAGAUCUUUUUUCAAAUAGCAAGUUGACUUAAAUACAGGGUGUCCAAAAAGUUCGUUCCUCUAAUUUCAUGCACUAUAUAAACUUUUGAUCAAAACUUUAUUUUUACUCGAAAUUACCAGAAGAUGUUUAUUUCACUAUCGAGGACAUGUAUUCAGAAUUUCAGUUACUGGCAUGCCCUUUUUGUUUUUUUAUCACAUUCAGUAGCAGUUGCGGCAUGAAGUAGGAUGUGUAGCCCCACAGAUGAUCCAUUUUGAGCUUUUUUAGCACCUGGUGCCCAGGAGCCAGUUCAAUAAUAUUUAUAUUGGGCAUUCAUCCAAAAAAGACAAUCAUCCCUUCCACAGCAAGGCUUUUGUACUUCUUUACAAAUUUGAGCCAGCUGGGCGUUACUUGGUAGACUAAGCAGAGUUUUUUUGGCCAUCUCAGGGGCCUUUAAUUCUUUAAACAUUUUAAACAGCUUUUCAUGACGUUUCUGGACUUAGCUUGCUAACUAUGUGGGAGUUUUCUCUUGGAGACGUCUCCCUUUUUGUAUCUAUCCUUCUUUAAAACUAUUUUACCUGCUUUAUUCAGGACUUUUGUCUUCCCCCUCGUUUCUUGCCUUCAAAACCUUCAUUUCCCCAUGAGCAUUUUACCACCAACAUUUCCAUUUUUCCAGUUUUUUAGCAGUUUGUAUAACAGAUAAGCCAGUAAAUCGAAGUAUACAUGCUUAUGCUCUCACGUAGCUGAACGUUUUGCGUUAAGGGGGUUUAUCUUUCUUGAUAUUCACAAAAAACAAGGAAGGAGUUCGAGCAAUUCGGGCUAUAAAAUACAAAAAAAGAAACGGCUGGAAAAUAUACUCGCGCACGCGCACCUUUGGCGCGGAAGUACACAAAUCGAAUAUUCGAGUCAAAAGAUGGCACAACAAGUACGAAAAUAGUGAAUUAGAUUGAAAGACACAACUUUUGUUUAAAUGAUUUGCUUACCAAGUCUAAUCGUUCUGAAAUACAGACUUUUAAAGUAGAGGAACGAACUUUUGGGACACCCUGUAGUUGUUUAAUUGUGCACCAAAAUACCAAAUGACAACAUUAUUUUUCCACUGGGUCAACAGAUCUCCUACAAGUAGCGUUCUGUACAGACUCUUCGUUUAUUGCUACUUUCAAGCUGUUAGCUUAUCUUAAGUUUUGCAUCAAGAGUGGCAACACGGGUGGGCAAUACACUGGGGUCAUGGCUGCCCAGGUUGCACACUUUGGCCCUAACCUCGAUUAAUGGCUUGAUCUUUAAUUUGUCAUCUUUGCGUGGCUUUUUCCUCUCUCCUUUCUUUAGCCUCUUUUUUAUUGACGAAGCAAGGUAGACAUAUAUUUCCUUGGCAUUCUUCCCUUAAUAAUGGAAUGAAAGUAGCAGAAAGCUAUGCGUGCAACAAAGAAUGCUGAGUGGCAGAGUCUGCAAGUUGAUUCACAUCUUCUUCACCUUAUUGAAAAAAAUUAUGUGCUAACGAUCGGGCGUUCGUAGAACUCAUCCAGCUGCCAAUAAAGUAAAGUUAGCGACUUUUCCCUCAAAUCCUAUUCAUAAGUUUAACAGCCUGUUUGAAUUUAUGUGCUUUUUUUUUCAAAUUUUAGAUCUCAUGAUUGAUGAUCAAAAGUCAACUCGAGUGGUUGAGUCAUGGGAAGGGCAUAAAAUCAUUCUUCAUUGCGUUGUGAAGAAGGUACUCCAUGAUGCCCCUGUGAGAUUUUACUGGUUGCAACAAAACCGAACGCUGCCAGGUCCUCAAACUAGCUGGAAAACCCUAGGUCAGGUAUCCCUAGUCACCGUGAACGACCAAGAUUUUGAACCUGUGACGUGCGUGGCGGAAACCGAAGCUACAACACAGCGAAUGGAAAUAAAUAUAAAACGACUGUGUAAGUGCCGUUUCUCUGCGUUCCUGUUUCUAUAAUCGAGUUGUCAUGUUACUUCAUGGACGAUUUUUGGAAAAACUUUGUGCCCUAAAAGAGGUUGGUCAUUUGCAAAGGUGUUGGACUUGCUCAGAGUUCUCCCGAGUCCAACUCCUCGACCACUCUUGUAAAGAGCUUGGUUUGCCUCCAGCCAACUGUAAUUCUAAAUCCUAUUAUGUUUUAUUAAAUUGUUUGUUUUAGUCAUUUGCUACUCAGCCAUGUCGCAGCAACUUCCCCCAGGUUAGAGACUCAAAACGUUUUCCCAAAUAUGAGCACUUCCAAAAAUAUUGAAGCCUAGCUCGAACAGGCAAAUUGACUCUUACGCUGCGAAACGUUUCUCAUCGGAAAUUACUUAAGGAUAUAAAGUAUGCAAUUAGCGGACGGUAUUUCCUGGCCCUGAAGAUGACCUAGUGUCGAAAACAUGUGAAUUUUCUUAUUCUUGUAAAUAUACUUGGAGUUUUGAAAACCGGGUUAGCAAAAAAAAUCAGCUCAUUCUACUACUUGGAAAUUUAAAACAUAUCUUUCAUUGAAAGAACGUCAAAUAGCCUUUAUCUGACGCCAGGUAGUAAGUUAGUGGUCCCUAGUAGCAUCUAACUGAAUCUAAAUAACUUGAAGUGACGCAAAUCUUAGAACAUUUAUUCAGUAAUCAGACUCCCUUGGAGUUUCAAACCGGUGUCAUUUCAGUCAAGAAAUUUUUAAGUUGAGUGAAAUACAGUCAAAAAAGUACCUAAUUAAAGCUUAUGUAACAACUUAAAAGCUAGUUAAAUACUACUAUUUUCUCCGGCCAGUAAAUGACAGGAUGUUGCAUGCAAUAGACAACAAACAUUGAAAAUGC